AUGCGUCUCUCUCCGCCGCCUGACAACAUUGACUCACUUGACCCCGCCGUCCUCCGUCGAUUUCGCCGUCAACUCCUCAAAAACUACUCCUCCUGGUGCUCUUUCCUCGGUCUCAAAUCCAACGUUUGGCUUUCCGACCGCCAUAAUUCCUCCGACCACCGCCGUGAGUUGCUUUAUGUCUCACUUUACCUUCUUAUCUGGGGUGAGUCUGCAAAUCUGCGUUUUGUUCCUGAAUGUUUGAGUUAUAUUUUUCAUAACAUGGCGAUGGAACUGAAUAAGAUAUUGGAGGAUUAUAUCGAUGAGAUGACUGGUAGGCCGUUUUUGCCUUCAAUUUCUGGUGAGAAUGCUUUUCUGGAUCGGAUUGUUAAGCCAAUUUACGAUACGAUUAAAGCUGAGGUUGAGAAUAGUCGGAAUGGUACUGCCCCACACUCUGCGUGGCGGAACUAUGAUGAUAUUAAUGAGUAUUUCUGGAGUAAGAGGUGUUUUGACAAGUUGAAGUGGCCUAUUGAUACUGGGAGUACAUUCUUUGUGACUACUAACAAGGGAAAGAAGGUGGGAAAGACGGGGUUUGUGGAGCAAAGAUCAUUUUUGAAUUUGUAUAGGAGCUUUGAUAAAUUAUGGAUCAUGCUAGCAUUGUUCUUGCAGGCUGCAAUCAUUGUAGCUUGGGAGCAGAGGGGGUAUCCGUGGCAGGCACUGGAGAGGAGGGAGGUUCAGGUGAGGGUGUUAACAGUCUUCUUCACGUGGAGUGGGAUGAGGCUUUUGCAGUCACUGCUUGAUGCAGGAAUGCAAUAUAGUAUCGUUUCGAGGGAGACCCCAUGGCAUGGGGUGAGAAUGGUGUUGAAGAUCGUGGUUGCAGCAGGGUGGAUUUUGAUUUUCGGGGUAUUCUAUGGGAGGAUUUGGACACAGAGGAAUAAUGAUGGGAAUUGGACCAGCGCAGCUAACAAGAGGGUGGUGAAUUUUCUUGAGGUUGCUUUUGUUUUUGUUGCUCCAGAACUGUUAGCUUUGGCACUCUUUAUUCUGCCAUGGGUCAGGAAUUUUCUUGAGAACACAAACUGGAGGAUAUUUUACCUGUUAUCAUGGUGGUUCCAGAGUCGGACAUUUGUGGGUCGUGGGCUUAGGGAAGGCCUUGUCGACAACAUAAAGUAUUCCCUCUUUUGGGUGGUAGUGCUUGCGACCAAGUUUUCCUUCAGUUACUUCCUACAGAUCAAACCUAUGAUUGUUCCAACAAAAGCACUGUUGCGCCUCAGGGAUGUGAAGUACGAAUGGCAUGAGUUUUUUAACAACAGCAACAGGUUCUCAGUAGGAUUGCUUUGGCUUCCCGUUGUCCUGAUUUAUCUUAUGGAUAUUCAGAUAUGGUACUCAAUCUACUCUUCAUUUGUUGGGGCAGCUGUUGGAUUGUUUGAUCACUUGGGCGAGAUUCGGAACAUGCCACAGUUAAGGUUGAGAUUCCAAUUUUUUGCAAGUGCAAUUCAGUUUAAUCUGAUGCCAGAGGAGCAGUUGCUGAAUGCCCAAGGGACUCUAAAGAGCAAGAUCAAGGACGCCAUCCUCCGUUUGAAACUCAGAUAUGGUUUUGGUCGACCAUUCAAGAAGCUUGAAUCAAACCAGGUAGAGGCUAACAAAUUUGCCUUGAUUUGGAAUGAGAUAAUUGCAACUUUCAGAGAAGAAGAUAUUCUGAAUGACCGUGAGGUUGAGUUGUUGGAGCUGCCACAGAACACGUGGAAUGUUAGAGUGGUUCGUUGGCCAUGUUUGCUUCUCUGCAAUGAGGUGCUGCUUGCACUCAGCCAGGCAAAGGAGCUGGUGGAUGCUCCUGAUAGGUGGCUCUGGCAUAAGAUCAGCAAGUAUGAGUACAGGCGGUGUGCUGUUAUUGAGGCUUAUGACUGUACAAGGCAUUUGCUGCUGGAAAUUGUCAAAUUGAACAGCGAGGAGCAUUCCAUCAUAACAACCUUCUUUCAGCAGAUUGAUCAGUGGAUUCAGCUGGAAAAGUUCACAAAAUACUACAAUCUGACUGCUCUGCCCCAGAUCCGCGGAAAGUUGAUUGCGCUUCUAGAUCUCAUACUCAAGCCAAAAAAGGAUGUUGACAAGAUUGUGAAUGUUCUCCAGGCCUUAUAUGAGGUUGCCACUCGGGAUUUUCUGAAAGAGAAGAUGACUGGAGAUCAGCUGAGAGAGGAAGGUCUGGCUCUUCAGGCCUCUGCGACUAGAUUGCUUUUUGAGAAUAUAGUUUCAUUGCCAGAUCCUGAAAAUGAGACUUUUUAUCGGCAGGCUCGCCGCUUGAACACUAUCCUAACAUCUCGGGACUCUAUGAGUAAUAUCCCGAGAAAUCUUGAGGCGAGACGUCGACUUGCCUUCUUUAGCAAUUCUCUAUUUAUGAACAUGCCGCACGCUCCCCAAGUUGAGAAGAUGAUGGCUUUCAGUGUUUUGACGCCUUACUACAAUGAAGAAGUACUGUACAAUAAGGAACAACUUAGAACUGAGAAUGAAGAUGGGAUUUCUACAUUAUAUUACUUGCAGACUAUUUAUGCCGAUGAGUGGGAAAAUUUCUUGCAGCGAAUGCGUAGAGAAGGAAUGGUUGAUGAGAGGAAAGAGUUAUGGACAACGAAGCUGAGAGACCUUCGUCUUUGGGCAUCGCACAGAGGGCAGACUCUUUCUCGCACAGUUAGGGGGAUGAUGUACUAUUAUCGAGCCCUCAAAAUGCUGGCCUUUCUGGAUUCUGCAUCUGAGAUGGAUAUCAGAGAAGGGUCAGUGGAGCUUGGUUCUAUGAGGCAUGAUGGUGGCAUUGAUAGUUUAAGCUCUGAAAGGUCUUCGUCUUCAAGGAGGUUGAGCAGAGCUGACAGUUCAGUGAGUAUGUUGUUUAAAGGCCAUGAGUAUGGGACCGCUUUGAUGAAAUUCACAUACGUUGUUGCUUGCCAGAUAUAUGGUACUCAGAAGGCCAAAAAGGAUCCGCACGCGGAGGAAAUUUUGUAUCUGAUGAAAAAUAAUGAAGCCCUUCGUGUAGCAUAUGUUGAU